GUGUGGCAACGUCGAACUUUUAAAGCAAAAUUGUUAAGGCUGGUUUCAUAUUUUUUAUAAAAUUUAAGGGAUUUUUCUUGAAUAAAAAGAAAUUGAGUCUGGAUAUAUUACCAAUUAUAUUUUAAAUUCUGCAUUUUUUAAACCUAUCGAGCUUGCUUUUCUGGAAAUGCUGAUUUAUAGAUUAAAAUAAAUGGGUCACGUUGCCUUGAAAUGUUUAGUGUAUGGAAGCCUUAAUAGCCACCUGCACGCAUGCGCCGUCUUUGACGUCUUGCAACACCGCAUUCAAAGUGAACAUGGUGGUGACGGUUUUGCCGUUACACCGCUGAAAUAAAACCGUAUUUUCCAACAAUCUCAAAGUGUAUUUCAAGUUGUCUCAGUUUAUGUUGUUAUUGAUUGUGAUUUGCGAUGUUCAAAACGAAAUCCGAAGUGGACAGGCAUGUGGAUAACUCCCUGAAAAAGAUCAACAACGAAACAGAGAGAAAUCUAAGAUGCUUCUCCUUUGCCAAAUUGUAUUUCCAAGUGGGUGAUUACGAACAUGCCUGUCGUUAUAUUUCCUUGUACUUGAGUGUAAAGCCAAAAUCAGCCGAAGGUCAUCAGCUGUUGGGAAAAGCUCUGGAAAAAUUGGGGAAAAAGGAAAAUGCCCUUGAAGCUUACAGGAAAAGUUUGCAGCUUGAUUCAAAGCAAAACAAUCUUGUUAUUAAAGUGUGCGAAUUGCUGGCAUCCGACGACGUAGACAUGGACAAAGCCGGCGCCAGGUACUACUGCGACUUGGCUCAGUCGUUCGACCCGCACAACUCGGCGGUUUUCAAUUUGAAAGAGCGCCUGAUAACCGCGGAAAACGCGAACCCGUCCGACGUCUCCAAACUGCUCCUGGACGAGCUGGAGAACCGCCCCACCGACGUCGGCCUGCGCGUGCGCCUGCUGAAGCACUUCCUGCACAACAACAUGACCAAAGAGGCGUACAAGCACGCCAGCGAUGUGGAAGGUAAAGACGUGGGGAUUUUUCAGAACUCCCUCGGGUGGUACGAGGCGUUCGCGGAGGUUUUAGUGAGGUACCAGCGGGAUUUGUCGUAUAGUUCGUCCAUAACUUGGGAGUUUUGGUUUCUCUCCGUGAGCGUUCUAGACAGGCUUGCAGCUCUAAGUCUCGACGACCACGUGGAGAACAUGAAAAGUCCGUCGGAGUACUUAACGAUCCUCUUCAACUUCGAUCAAACUCUGUGCAAAGCUUCGCAAAAUAUCUCCGCCUGCCCCGACAGGCAACUCAGUCAGCUCUUUCUCAACCAUUUUCACGCUCAGCUGUACUUCCACCUGGCCACGUGUCUCUUCAAGCAGGCCAAGAAGGACUUCAUGCAGUUCAAGGAGGUCUCGAACGUGACGCUCCCUUUGCUGCUGGCUUCGUACCAUUCUCAACCCCCCGACAUUAACGGCGUUUGGCUGAACAACUCUCCGGAAUCUAAGCGGAAAAUGGUGCGAAAAUGGCAUCAACAAGCGGCUUACAGGUGCUCGCAGAGCGGCCACGUGCUCUUAGCCGCGAUGAAAGACAGAAAGUCGAUAAUCCUGGAGAAGGCGUCGCAAUAUUCCACCGGCAUGUGGCGGGAACAGCUAUUUAAAAGACUGUUCGUCAUGAGAGAUCAACACCAAAAAAUGAACACCAGUUACUUCGUGAGCAGCCCCGAUUUGCUCGAGCCGACGAUAAAAAUGCCCGAGCACGCGGAUCUACUGCAUUACGACGAAAUCGCUCAGCUAAACCACCCGGACUCUUUGCACCACCACAUCUGGAUCUCCUUGAACAACGACCUCCCCAAAGUCGCGCUGAAGUGCUUCGAAGGUCUGAGUUACUCCGUCAAAAACCUCAACAACUGCGCGGCCGAGUCUUUGAGCGUUCUGGACGUGCAGGCUUUCGUGUACUGCGCCGCCUUGUGCGCCAAAUCCAAGAGAGACGCGAACCAAAAAAUGAUGUACUACAGCAACGACAUGCCGAGCGUCUUGCCGGCGAACAUAACGGAGAAUCUGGGCACUCUAAACCAAUCAAAGUUCCUAACGGCCGCCUAUAAAAUGUACAAGAACGAGCACGCCUUCAACACCGGAGAAAUCCGGUUGCUGCUCAUUAAAGGCAUCGAGGUCGUGAGAUGCGUCGGUCAUCACGGUUUGGACGUCAAGAUGUUGGUGAAACUAGCGAAUAUUUUCGAAGAACGAUCCAAAAAUCUCACCAAACAUUCCGAGGUUGAGUUUAACGACGCCCGCGCCGAGUUGUACUGGAAAACGGCCUUACCGCUGCUGGAAAAAAUUAAGAACAACCAGGCGGUAAUAUACCCGUCCAACAGGUUGUUCGAGUACAAAAGUAAAGAUUUAACGAUGAGCGAAGUCGCGAAUUACAUAGACAAAGGCAAGUUGUUCACCGCCGUGCAACUUAUGAAGAAGAAGGAGUACGACAAGGCGUUGCACGUCUUCGAGCCGCUCAAAGAUCCGUACGCGAGCUACCAUCAGUCGCACAUAUACAAACUGCUGGCCGACCAGAAGACGAAUCAGAACAAAGAGAACCUCACGUCGGAAAUGCGCAGUCAGAACAUCAUACUGCUCUCGAAAGCCAGAGAUUGCUUGUACUUGACGCUGGAUCGGCUCAGAGAGCCGUCGGUGGACAGAUCGCACCCGCUCAACACCCAACUGGGGACGGAUAUAGAAAAAAUCGAGAGGUUGUUAUCGAGAAUCGACCCGGACUGCACCAAUAGAAACGAGUGCGACGGCAUGUCGGACGAAAACGUCUCGUCUGAUAGCGCCGGUGAACACUACUUGACGAGCCUUUCCAUUCACCACAACAGCUACCACAACACUCCGAAACACGACGCGCAUAACAACCACUCCACCCCGUACAAGAUGGAGUUGAACCGCAGAGAAGCCCGUCCGAGUCCCGAGAGAUUGGACGCUCAGCUGCGCCAAAUGGCGGCCACCAAAGACACGGCGGUGACCAGCAUCCUGGAGCAGAACAAAUUGAUGGUGGACUCGCACAGAAGCCUGCUCGAAGAGCUGCGCAGCUUCAAGGACGCCGUCAACAACCUCACCUCCACGGUGGAGGAGCUGAAGAGCAUCAAGUCCGGCAUGGAGGAGUUGAAGGAAAUCAAGACGACGGUGACGGACUUGAAGCACUCGGUGAACGAUUUGCAGAGCGUCGUGGAUAUCGUGAAGGAGAUGCGUAAAGACAUCAACGAUUUGAAAAAAGAUAAUACCGGCGGUAAAAACCCGCAACUCUCAGAGGAGGAUCUCUACGUGCUGGAUCCCGACUACGGCGUCGAUUACGGUUUGAACGCCAACUUGGGGCAGUACAAUCCGAACCUCUACCAAAAUUAUCAGGGGAGGUUGUCCGGAGCGAACGCUUUGAACCCUGGGAAUCUUCCUACUUCCUACGGAGCCCUGUACCCAGGGCUUUACCCGCCCAUGGCUCCUUACAUGGCGGCCGCUUAUGGCGGCGCUCUAAUGCCGCAAGCACCGUUCGUGCCGGAUCAGCAACUGCAGGGUUUCAUGGCGCAACAAUCGAGCAGUUUGGGUAUCGGCAUGCUGACCGGUCAAGGGUUAUCGCAGCAAAUACCCCAACAACCCACGAAUCUUGUCAAAGAACCGCCGAAAGCCAUUCUUUCAACGUUCACUAGCACAACGCAGGCAGCAUUCCCAUCUAUGUCUCCGCUAUCUAAAACCCCCUCAGCCCCUUCCAAUUCGAACGCGAAUAGUACCAAAACUGCCCCCGCUAAUGUGGUCAUAACCUCGUCCGAUCCUUUACCCACCAACACGACUCCGGUAGCUCAGCCCGUUCUAUCCGUGACCAUACCGCCGCAGCACAUCAAGGGCAACAAACCGCAGCAACCUCACAACUACCAAAUCUCGCUGCCUUCGAGCGUCAGCGGAAUCGCCGCCACCCCCUCGAUCCUGAGCAAACCGCCCCCUAUCGUCGACACGCAGAGCAUGCUGUCCGACGUGGCGCCGCCGAUGUUUUCCGCCGUGUCGCCCGCCAAAACGCCGUCCAAGAACGUCAGUCUGGGCUUGAGCAUCGAGAAGAGUUUAGACAAGACGUUCAGCCCGAACAAAAGUAACGCUUCCGUCGACGAGCACGAUCCCUGCCCGGACUUCAAGCCGAUCAUACCGCUGCCGGACGAGGUUCCGGUGACCACGGGCGAAGAAAACGAGACCGUGCUGUUCUGCGAGCGCGCAAAACUCUUCCGCCACGUCAACAAGGAGUGGAAGGAGCGCGGCGUGGGCAACGUGAAGAUCCUGCAGCACAAGGAGUCCGGCAAAAUCAGGGUGCUGAUGCGUAGAGAUCAGGUCCACAAAAUAUGCGCCAAUCAUUUCCUCACCGCGGACAUGAGCAUGUCGCCGAUGGCGAACAACGAUAGGGCGUACAUAUGGGCCGCGCAAGACUUUACCGAUGGAGAAAUGACCGUCGAAAAGUUCUGCAUCAGGUUUAAGACGUCGGAGGAGGCUAAAAAGUUCCACAGCGCCUUCGAAGAUGCCAAGGGGAGGUUGUCCGAUAAACCGAAACCAGCGCCUAAGAACCUCUUCGCGACAACAAGCAAUAAACCUGCUGUUUCCGAAACACUCGGAGGUUUCGUCUUCAGCAGCACCCCAUCGUUUAAACCCAAAGAAGUGGCGCCAAUAACCACGGUGGCGGUUUCCACGCCGACCGUGGAACCGGUUAAACCGAGUCCCUUCUCUAACUUCUCCUUCGCAAACGCUAAAACAACGACGAGUGGUAACUUGUUCGGCAACCUGAAAACCGAUCCGAUCUUCUCACCAACAACAACGACAACCACAACAACCCCGCAGAAAAAGGAUUCGGAAAGCGAAGAUCGCGUGGAAGAUUUCGUUCCCACCGCGGAAUUCGCGCCCGUAGUCGCUCUGCCCGAAAUAGUGGACGUCAAAACUGGCGAGGAAAACGCCGAAGUCCUGUUCGAAAGCAGAUCGAAGCUCUACAAACUCGUGACCGCGGACGGCGCGAAAGAAUGGAAGGAACGCGGCGUCGGCGUCAUAAAGAUCCUCAAGGAGGACACCGUGCGUUUGGUGAUGCGAAGGGAUCAAGUGCACAAGGUGUGCUUGAACCACCAGGUGCUCAAAAACAUGAUUUUCAAGGUCAACGAGCAGAAUCCCAAGGCGGUGUUCUGGUCCGCCAAGGAUUUCUCCGAGGGAGAGCUGACGUCCGAGACUUUCACCGCGAGAUUUAAAUCGGAGGAGCUGGCGGGGCAGUUUUUGAAGACGUUGCACACCGCGCAGGCGUCUCUCAACGAAUCGAACGUGAUCUCGAAUAAGCACCACAAACCCGCCGUCGAGUCCAAAUCGCCGGGUUUGCUGGACAAACACAAGCCUCCGAAAGGAAACUGGGAGUGCAAAAAUUGCUACAUCUCCAACGAAGCGAAGUAUAACCAUUGCGUGGCGUGCGAAACCCCGAAGAACAAUUCGGUCAAAGAAACUAAGGAUUCCGGCGAGUCGGGCUCCAAUUUUUCGUUUGGUGCCGCCAAGACCCCCGGUGCAGGCUCGUGGGGGGCGCAAUUCAAACCCGCCGAAGGCUCCUGGGAAUGCCAGAUGUGUUUCGUGAGAAACGACGCGAGUAAAGCGAAGUGUUUGAGCUGCGAAACGCCAAAGGACGGUUCCGCACCGGCCACUACCGCUAGCACCAUUAAAGGCAUUAAUUUGGAUACGCCCGGUCAGAAGUUCAGUUUCGGGGUGCAACCGGCUGCGCAAACCCCUGCGGCAGGGUUGAUAUUCGGACAAAAUCUGCCUGCAGUUAAGCCUGAGACUAAAGGUUUCGGUGACGCUUUCAAACCUAAAGUGGACUCGUGGGAGUGUCAGCAAUGCUUCGUGAGAAACGAGGGCAGCGUUUUGCACUGCGCUUCCUGCGAGAGCCCCAAAGACGAUACCGUACCCAAGAAGGAAGCCAGCAAGGGUAUAAGUUUGGAUACUGGCGGGAUGAAGUUCAGCUUUGGAGUUUCUCCUGCUGCAGCAAGCAUUAGCACGCCUCCGCAACAACAACCGUCGUUUUCGUUCGGGAAACCUAAUAUUUUCGGCGCGGCAACCGGUAGCCCCUUCUCGUUCUCGCCUGCGGUAACCGAAGCGACAAAGCAAACCCCGAUCGGUAAAUUCACGUUCGCACCUGCCGCCGACAAAGCGGAAGAGAAAAACGACGGGAAGUUCGUGUUCGGCUCGCCGACCAAGCACGAGUUCGAGUUCACGCCUCGCUCGCCGAACCGCCGCAUCAGCUCGGGCCAGGGCGACGAGGAUUCAGACGGCAGCUACGCGGAAGAGGAGGCCGACAAUAUCUACUUCAAACCGGUGAUCGCCUUGCCGGACAAAAUCGACGCCAAAACCGGCGAGGAAGAGGAGGAUUCUCUGUACGUGCAGCGCGCCAAACUGUACAGGUUCGUGACUGGCGAGUGGAAGGAGAGAGGCAUCGGCGACCUCAAGAUUUUGAAGAGAACGGAUAACGGAAAGUUGAGAGUUUUGAUGCGUCGCGAGCAAAUCAUGAAGAUCUGCCUGAACCACGUGCUCACCAAGGACGUCGAGUACCGUCCCAAGGACGACAAGACGUGGCUGUUCCACGCUGCCGACUACUCGGAAGGCGAGAUCAGCCGCGACCAGUUCUGCCUGCGCUUCAAGAGCGCCGAGUUGGCCGCGGAAUUCAAGGCCGCCGUCGACGAGGCGCUGGGCGGCGCCUGCGCAGACGUUUCCAUCGAAAAAGUACCGACUCCAAACGAAUCGGACGACGACGUUAUAAUACUGGACGAACCGAUUAACCCCGAGGAAAUAAGCGAGGCGAAACGCCUUCAACUGCCCUACACUUUCUUCCAGUACCGCAAAAAGAACGAGUACUGCACGUGCGCGCAAUGCCUCAAAGACGACGAGUACUUUAAGGGCACCGAGUUCGCAUCUCACACCCCUGCCACGACCAAAUUUACCGGCAUCACCCCUCAGGUUAGCAGUACUUCCACUACGCCGUCGAUAUUUUCCUUUUCUACGGCUUCUAGCGCUCCAGCUAGUGUUUUUGGUGGUAGUACUGCUAGUAGUACGCCCGGGGGUUUUUUCAGUUUUGCGACUAAGUCUCCCGCUGUAAAUACCGCCGAAACUGAAAGUAAUUCGUCCCUUAAGAGUCUGUUGUCCACGCCUAGUACUCUAGGGAAGAAUAGUGGCAAUAUUUUCCAAACGCCUAGUGCACCGAGCAUUUUCGGUUCUAAGUCGAUCUUUGGUGGUUCAACCGCUUCAGCCACGCCAGUAUUCGGCGCUUCCGGCGGAAGUAUUUUCAGUACAAACGUUACCCCAUCCAACACCAGCAUUUUCGGCGGCGGUAGCACUCCUUCCUCCGACGUGUUCGGUUCCCCGUCUCUAUCCUCCGUGACUUCGGCGACGUCCAUCUUCGGGCAGAGCAAAGCCCUGUUUGGCAACGCCGCGAGCGCCACCAGCAGUAACGCGAGCAUCUUCCAGUCUUCCGCUGUUGCCAAGCCGGCCACUAACAUUUUCGGCGGCGCUGUUACCGUGUCGGGCGAGACCACCAAGUUGAAGGAGAGCGACGAGGUCGUGCUCAAGUGCAAGUCCGAGGUCAGUUUUGCCACUCUGGCGGCCAACACUGCCCCCGAAGCCAAGCCUGCGUUCGCCGCAAAAGAGGAUGGCGGUACCGCCCAACCAUUCUCGUUCCUCGGCGCCGGCGCCCCGGUCUUCGGCGCCACCACCAUCAAAAAGGUGGGCAACAAGAACAAAUCUCUGAACGCCGAGGAGGUCGAGGAAGCCGAAGAAGCGGCCGAGCAGAGCCAAACCAACGAGGAAGAAUACGAUCCGCACUACGAACCGAUAAUCCCGAUGCCCGAAGCCAUCGAAGUGUCGACCGGCGAGGAAGCCGAGGAGAUUAAAUUCAACGAACGCGCCAAGUUGUACCGCUACAACGCCGACACCAAAGAGUGGAAGGAGCGCGGCGUGGGCCAGAUAAAGAUUCUGUACCACCCGGAAAACGCGACUUACCGCUUGAUUUUGCGCCGCGAGCAGGUGCACAAAGUUGUGCUCAACCAGCUGGUGAGAGUUGAUCUGGACCUGCAGCCGAUGAGCACCAGCGACAAGGCGUGGAUGUGGGCCGGCUACAAUUACGUCGAGGACGAGGCAAGAUUGGAAAAACUCGCGGUGCGCUUUAAAACCUCCGAGCUAGCGCAGACGUUCAAGGAGGCCAUGGAUUUGACGGUGUGCAAGGUGAUCGAGAUCAACAACAGGAAGUUGUCGCAGAUUCCCACCACGGUUGCGGAGCUCGCCGCCGGCGGAAGAGGUCAAGAGGGUUCUCAUCGGGGCGUCGUGGAGGAUUACGGCGACGAGGAGGAAGACGAGGACGAUGAUGAGGACGACGAAGACGAUGAGGACCAAAUAAGGUCGGUGAUGUAUGAGAGCGAAUCCACCGAUUUGCAGCUGUGGACGCAGAGCGAAGCUGGGCAGUGGUUGAAAGUGGGCGAAGGUAUGGCAGGCGUUUACUAUUACAACGACCUGUUCGCUGCCAAGGUUAACUUCGUCGACAUCGACAGCGGCGAGUGCCUGUCGACGACUCUAGUCGGUUCGAAUACCUACAUGGAGCAAAACGGAAACGAGUGCGUGUGGAAGGCCGUGGAGCGGGCGGACGAGACCGACUUGCAGUGGAAAAACUUGAAGGUCGCUUUUCCGGACGCGCGGCAAGCGCACGAUUUCCACAAGAGCUACCUAGAGGGCGUCACUUACGCUCAAGAGGUGGGGAUCUGCGACGAUCUGGACCUCGAUUACGAGGGCAACGAUUACGAGGGAAACGAUUACGAGUGAAACCUUUGAAAUAUUGAACCUAAGUUUAUUCUGAACUUUUAACUUUUCAAAUUAAUAUGUAUGUAUAUUUUAUGUUAGUUUUUAUAUUAUUAAAGUAAAUUUUUGGUUUAAGAAGUUGGU